AUGAGCUUACCAGACCUCAGCACAGCUUCUACCAAAUCUAACUGCCCUUUAUGUAAUAAACUCGUUAAAGUAACCAAAUUGGGGCUAUUGCCAUCUCAUCGAAACCAGAAGAUAAAAUUAACUCAAUCUGGGCUUCCCAUCUUAUCACCAGCUAUCCCUCGAACCCUAAAUGCCUUUUCUGCCAUUGCCCUCGCACAACCUAUAGUUACCAUUUUCACGUUGACUGAUGUGCCUACUAGCCCAAUAGUCCCCACCUCCACCGCCGAAAAUGCUCUCACUUUCAAUCCAACCGACUCCACAGAUGUAGAAAUAUUUUUAGUCACACCAAAACCAUUUGUGAUUUCACGAAUACCUAAGGGAGCAAGACUUCAAGUUGCCAAACACCUCUCAAAGAACUUGACUUCCUUGAUAAAUAAUUAUUCUUCCAUAAAACACUGGCUAGACACGACACCCUGUGAUGACACUGAUAAAAAUAAAAAUCACAAAAAUGACCUACUCACCAAGGCCAAGCUUAUAUCUAAAAAGCUGGAUAACCUGAAUGUUAAAUCCGCCAUACGACUGGCAACAUCUGACAAUAAGCUAGCUCCCUACGAUCAAACAACUUAUCAAGCUCUUCUCCUAAAACACCACCCACACGAUCUUAAGGACGAAAUACCGUCUUACCCCGAAGCUCCUCUAAUUGCAACCACUUUUACCUCAAGCGAGGUUAGAAAGGCUAUUCUCUCCUUCAAACGCGAUUCUUCACCGGGGGUUGAUGGGUUUCGCCCAAUAUUCCUACAGGAUCUAACCGCACCUUACAUCACACAACAAUGCGACGUUUUGGAAAAAAUUACUCAACUCAUCAACCGUAUGCUUGCUGGAGGCUUACCACCCGCCAUUAUUCCACUCCUUUAUGGAGCUAAACUCAUCGCCCUCCAUAAACCUAAUAAAGAUAUUCGCCCUAUCGCUAUUGGAACCACUUGGCGCCGAUUAACCGCAAAGCUAGUAGUGAGCAGAAUAUUGUUCACAGUAUCUAAUCACCUGUGCCCUAAUCAAUUAGGAGUCAACGUAAAAGGGGGAUGCGAGGUAUCCUUACACAUGACCAGAAUGUAUCUACAAACAGACCCCAGUGACAAUAUCCUAAUUAAGAUAGAUUUUUCAAACGCUUUUAACUCUCUAAAACGUACAGCGUUUCUUAAUCCCAUCCUUACCCUUUACCCAGAAUACUCGCAAUUCAUUUUCGAUUGUUAUGCUAGUCCAUCGCAUCUUCAAUUUGGAGAUAGAUUGAUUCCUUCUAGUAGUGGAAUACAACAAGGUGACCCUCUAGGCUCCUUCUUAUUCUGUCUGGGCAUUAAUAGCCUAAUACAAAGCAUAAAUGACCAAUGUAAACUAAACCUUCAUAACUGGUAUAUCGACGAUGGUAUACUAGGCGGCUCACCCAGCGAAGUUAUAAAGGCGGUCGAAAUAAUAAAAUCCAACUAG